AUGUCUACGAAGUCUUUAGAGGAGGAAAUAAAAUCUCUAGAAUCAAAGGUACUUAUGAAACUUAGUAAAGAUUGGUAAAAUGUAAGACGAAAUUGAAGGAUUAGAUAAGUAUUAUGCAGAUAAAAGUCAUCAGCUUUUUCAUUUGAAUACUCAAAUUGAAGGUCUUUCGAAAUCUUUAAAAUAAAGAAAAGAUUUAGGAACAGAUAAAAUUAAAGAACAAUUAGAAUAAGAAUAAGUGGUUUUAAAGAAGAGUUAAGAAUAAACUGAUGUGAAACUAAGAAAAACAUUUUAGAAUUUCUUUACAUAAUAGAAAACUAGAAUGUAUUUAUUAGCUAAUAAAUCAAACUAAAAAAUGGAUGUUAAUUCUGUAGCAGUCUUUUUAUUAGAAAAUCCUCAUAAAUAUGUAUUAACCAAAUGGAGUGAAGAUGAAACUUAAGAUUUUAAUGAUGGAUUUUCUGUAACAUAUAGAUGUGUAACAUUUCUAAUUAAAAAAACAACAACAUUAUAAUAAAUAUUUGAAUGGAGUGUUUAAUAUUGGGAAUUGUCUAGAAGUGAAUAUACAAUGGUUGAUAAAAAUUGUAAUUGUAUGGAUCUAUUAAUGAAUUAUUCAGCUGAGAAUUUCUUUUCUGCUCAUAAGGAAUAAGUCUAAUUUGCAUGUCUAUAUGUAUAUCGUAAAUAAUUGGCUACAAACUUUUUACUUGAUGAAUAAAAAAUUAAUAUUUCACUUCCAAAUAGAAAUUAAUAAACUAGUUAGGAUGAUGAAAAUAUUAAAUAAAUAAGAAAAGAAUUAGAUGAUUUUGUUGAUGUUUAACCUGGUUUAAAACUUUAUGAAAAAUAAGAUUAAGAAGAAAAUAAUGAAAGUACUAAUAUCAGUAUAGGUUGGAAAAUAUUUCUAUUGAUUUUAUCAGCUACUCUACUUAUUUUAAUAUAUAUGAAUUCAAAAAAUAUUAUGGAUUAUGAAACAACAUCUUAAGUUAGAUUAACAUUACAUAAUUAUCUACUUGAAGUUAAAUAUGGUUUGAAUACUGUAUCUACUAUAGAUGAUUUGUAUAAAAAGAUUAAUUUAAUUACAAUAGUGGAUAAAUUUAAUGUGACUUAAUCAGAUGGAUCUAUUUAAGAAGAAAUUAAAAUUCAAUUCUAAUUUAUUUAAAUGGGACCUAAAUUUAAAGUAUUUUAGGUAUAAAGUAGUAAUUAUACUUGUAAUGAAAUUGAACUUGCAUCUGGAUAUAAUGAAUGUUAUUAUUCUAUAUAUAGUGACAAGAAUGCCUUAAAAUCUUAAAUAAAAGCUACUGAUGGUAACACUUAUCCAUGGGGUGAAUAUAAAACAGCAGAAGAAUCUGGUGUAUUUCCUUUUAGUGGAAUUCUCUCAAAUUAUGAUGGAGGUGGUUUUGAUGAAUCUUAUGAUUCUUAUGAAUAUGUUGAUGAUAAAGUUUAAUUACAUAAAUCUUAAGGUAUGUUUAAUAUUUUUACAACUAAAAUGGUACUUUUCAAUAUUGUAAUAUAUGAUGAUAGUAGAGAAUAAUUUUAUGUUGUUUAUUAUUUCUUUGAAAUUGCUCCUAGUUAUGAAAUUGUCCAAUAAUUACAUAUGUAGAGUUUUCGAUGUCUAAAACCAGAAGAAGCUGCUAAUUUCUGGCUUACUGAAUAUAUUAUGUUAGCAAUAUCAGGAAUUUUAAAUUCAAUUAUGAUAUUUGUUGCUGUUAAAGAGACCUUAAAUUCAAUUAAUAAAAAAUAUUAGAACUUUUAGCUUAGACGAGAUUUUACUGCAUUUAUUUAAGUUGGUAUAAUGUAUCAAUUAACAAUAUUUAUUUUACAAUUAGUAAGUUUCUUAAUGUUUUCAUCAAUUCCUUCUGAUUCAUUGGAUAUACUACAAAAUUCUGCUGAAUCUUCAAUUAUGUAUUAUGCAAAUUAAUUUAAUAAUGGAUUAAUAAUUAGAGGAGUUCUAAUAAUUUUAGUAGGUUUUAACACUCUUAAAUUAUUUUAAAUUUCAGAAUCUGUUGCAUUUGUUUAAGCUAUGGCUGCAAAAGGAGCAGAAAAUAUCAUUAUGAUUAGUAAUUAUUAAUCAAUAUAUAAUAAUAGUUAUCUUUGCCAUUACUAUAUUGGCUUCUUAUGCAUUUAUAUUCUAUUAAUUAUUCUCCUAAAGAUUUGAUGAAUUUACUACUUAUUAUAGAUCCUUCAUUUCUACUUGUGGAAUGUUCUUUCUAGGAAAUUUUAAAAUUUGGUUCAAAAUUGUUGAUUAUGAAGUUUAAACUAUGAUUAUUAUAACAUCACUUGUGUUUGUUACAUAUACUUAUGGAGCAACUGUUUUAGUUAAUGCAGUCUUACAAGAAGUCUAUAGAACUAUAAGGUUAUUGAAUCAAAUAUUAUUUUAGUUAUCGUACAGAUCAUUUACAAACAAUUAAAGAAUUCUAUGCUAAGAUAGAUGAAAUAAAGUCAAAGAUUCAUUUAGCCAUUACAUAAUUGAUUGAAAAACUUAGGAGGAAAAAUUAAUGA